GUCUUUUUGUUUGGCCCAUUGAGAGACUCGGCACUCGGUUUCAUUCCCCCAGGUCACUAACCGUUUUUUAUCUGCAUUAAUUUCGGGUGUCUUUUAUGAAUAAUCAAAAGCAGCAAAAGCCGACGCUAACAGGCCAGCGUUUCAAAACGAGGAAAAGAGAUGAAAAGGAGAGGUUUGACCCUACUCAGUUUCAAGAAAGUAUCGUACAAGGCUUGAACCAAACUGGCACUGAUUUGGAAGCGGUUGCGAAGUUCCUUGAUGCCUCUGGCGCCAAGCUUGACUACCGCCGAUAUGCAGAGACGCUCUUUGAUAUCCUGGUGGCUGGCGGGAUGCUGGCCCCAGGUGGGACUCUAUCUGACGACAUGACCCGCACUGAGUUCUGCCUUUUCACGGCACAAGAAGACCUGGAGACGAUGCAAGCAUAUGCUCAGGUUUUUAACAAGCUGAUCCGGCGUUACAAGUACCUGGAGAAGGGUUUCGAGGAGGAGAUUAAGAAGUUGCUCCUCUUUCUAAAAGGGUUCACUGAGUCAGAGCGCAACAAACUGGCCAUGUUGACCGGUAUCCUGUUGGCCAACGGCAACAUAUCGGCCUCCAUCCUGAAUAGCCUCUACAAUGAGAACCUUGUCAAAGAGGGUGUGUCUGCAGCCUUCGCAGUCAAGCUGUUCAAGUCAUGGAUUAAUGAAAAGGACAUCAACUCUGUCGCUGGCAGUCUCCGCAAAGUCGGCAUGGACAACAGGCUGAUGGAACUCUUUCCUGCAAACAAACGAAGCUGCGAGCAUUUUUCUAAGUACUUCACCGACGCAGGGCUGAAGGAGCUUUCCGACUUUGCCCGAAACCAGCAAUCUAUCGGUGCCCGCAAGGAGCUGCAGAAGGAGCUCCAGGAGAUGAUGGCCAAUAGUGAACCUCAGAAGGAGAUUAUCGCCUUCACCAGGGAAGAGAUGAAGAAGGCCGGACUCUCCGAGCAGACCAUGAUCAGCAUCAUCUGGACCAGUGUGAUGAGCUCCGUGGAGUGGAACAAAAAGGAAGAGCUGGUGACGGAACAAGCCAUCAAACUCUUAAAGCAAUACAGUCCUCUGCUGAAAGCCUUCACCUCCCAGGGUCUGUCCGAGCUCAGCCUCCUGCUGAAGAUCCAGGAGUACUGUUACGACAACAUCCACUUCAUGAAGGCCUUUCAGAAGAUAGUCGUGCUCCUCUACAAAGCUGACGUAUUGAGUGAAGAGGCCAUACUGAAGUGGUACACCGAAGCCCACGUCUCCAAGGGGAAAAGUGUUUUCCUCGAGCAGAUGAAAAAAUUUGUGGAGUGGCUGAAGAAUGCUGAGGAAGAGUCUGAAUCAGAGGAGGAGGAGGCAGAUUAAAAACCUCAUUGACGAGAUGGGCUUCUCUUUUCUUUAUCACCCUUUUUUGCCCCCUAGUAGCAGCAGGAGCAGUAGAAUGUCUUUCCCCUUUCUCUUCUACCUCUUGUUACUACUUUAUCCCCAAACACACACGCUUCACCACCUCCUAAACAUUUUAACUAUCUUAUCUAAGUGAAAGAAAAAGGGCUCUGUCCUAUCUGUAAUUACCUGACGGUGGAAAAACCUGGAUUUUUCCCCCUCUCUUUAUUAUAAUCUUGGUAUUAUUGUUGUAACGCCUUCUGUAAUUUGGAUACAAAACAUUCCAUCUGAUCUUGGUGACAAGGCUGCUUGUAUGAAUCUGAACUAAAAAUCAUUUUUGCCAUGUGACUACGAGGCCGAAAAAUGGUGUGAACUAGCCAAAGUUGUUUCUUUUUGUUUUUCUUUUCUUAAAUUCUUCCCUUUAUUUUGACUCUUCAUUUUUGCCCACUUCAUAUUUUGGCUCCUGUUUGGUCUUAAAUUCCACCUCUUUUUUUUUUCUUCUCCUUAACUUUUGGGCAAACCUUAACUGCGCGUGA